GAAAACAUUGGAUUGAUGGCUAUAAAUGAUGCUAUAAUGAUCGAAAGUGGAAUUUUUUAUCUAUUAAAAAAACAUUUUAAAAAUUUGCCUUGUUAUGUAAAUGUUGUAGAAACAUUUCAUUCGAUGAUUAGAUUGACUUCUUUUGGACAAUGCUUGGAUAUGAUGUCUGAAUAUUCUCAUCAGUCAUCCAAAUUUGAAUUUUUUACUGAAGACAAAUAUUCAGCUAUAACUAUGUACAAAACAGCUUAUUAUACAUGUGUUCUGCCUAUAAAAUUAGCAUUAUAUUUGGCAGGUAAAACAAAUGAAACUGACCAUAGGAAUGCAGAGCAGAUUUUAUUGAAGAUGGGCCAGUUCUUUCAAGUUCAA